AUGCCCGAGCUGAAACAAGAUGCCCCUUCUGAGGCCGUAGCCAGUGAGUUGCUGGACAAAAUCAUUGUCAAGCAAUUGCAUUUGAUGGAAGAAAAGAUGCGUUGCGAAUUGAACAUAGAAUCCAGUAUCAAGAAUGGCAGUAUACAUUUAGCGAAGUCUCGUUACAUUAUGGGCCAGAGCUCUGUAAGUACUGCAAGGCUUCCUACAGAGAGCAGCACAGAUUUCUCAGCUUCCACUGUAUGUGAGACUGUACAGGAAGAUGGUGUAAAACAGAUGAGAGUUGUGGAAAAUGAUGCAGAUAACAUGGUCAAUCCUAUCCGCUGGUUUGGUGUCCUAGUUCCACAGAAUAUGCAUAAAGCUCAAAGUAUAUUUCAGAAUACUAUUAAUUUUGUUGUUGAAUGCGUUAAUGUGCAAUUGCAGUUGCAAAGGAAUUCAAAACUAAUAGAGAGUUUGAAGCAGUAUAUUAAUUUUGAGAAGUUGACAUAG